UUCACAUCAGUAAGACCGGCAGCACUGGCUCGUUCGAUUUGUAUCGUCGCAGUACGUCCAAAAGCUGUGCGAGUAAAUGCGUUACGUCGUCGCGUCGCGGCCCAAACAGUGCAUGUAAAUUCAUACCGGAGUACUUCUUAUCAUCCGUUUAAUUACUUCGGAAAAAAACCUACCAUUACGUGAGGCAAUUUGUUUUAAAAUUGUGAUGCCUUCGUCGUAAACAGUUUACGUGAAAUCGAGUACGAAAAUUUCGCGUUUUACGUAAAAGUUUCGCGCCUUUAAAAAUGGCCAAUGAACUUAAAACGGCCGAGAUGUUAAACUCAAAGGUGGCAUCGGAUAAACAGGAGAACGUACAGUCUCAAAACAACCCUAGCAACCGGGAUGUAAAUGGAGUAAGCGACAAAAAUGCAUUGACCAGAGUAAAUGAUAACAAAACAGUUCUUGACAAAAAACCAACAGCAAAUGGCGAUAUCAAACCUCCGUCUAGUUUACCUGAAUUAAAGAAAGAAAAAUCUGCCUUGAAGACUCCUACGAGGAAAAUCUCCCCAAAAUCACCAGAAAUUGGAUCUGCCAAUUCGUUGGCAGAUAAAAAAAUACCAAUGAACAAAGUCCAAGUCGGUGCGGCGCCGUCACCUAACCUCAAAGUAGUCCGUUCGAAAAUAGGUUCAUUGGAAAACUACACUCAUAAGCCAGGCGGAGGUAGAGUGAAAAUAGAAAAUCGUAAAUUAGAAUGGAAAGUACAACCGAGAAUAGAAGCGAAAAACGAUAAAUAUGUUCCAACUGGAGGUGAUAAAAAGAUAACCCAAGUCAAAUUACAAUGGAGUGCGAAAUCAAAAAUCGGUUCUUUGGAGAACGCCACUCAUAAGCCAGGAGGUGGUGAUAAGAAAAUAGAAAGCGUUAAAUUGGAUUUCAAGGAUAAAGCGAAGCCUAAAGUUGGAUCCAAAGAUAAUAUCAAACAUGUACCUGGUGGUGGUACUGUGAAGAAAACUACCGACGUCGUCGACGCCAAGAGUACUACAUCUAAUAUCGAAGAUCAAAAACUAGACAUCAAGGCCCAAAGUAAAGUAGGUUCUUUAGAUAACGUAAAACACCGACCAGGCGGAGGUGAUAAGAAAAUAUUCGACGAUAAGGAAUACCUCAAACAAACAGGUCUUACCAAUGAAAGCUCUAAAGCUAAUAGCGUAACCACAUCUGGAUCUCAGGCACCUGAGGACCCUCAGAUUUGCUCUCGAGAUUCGCAAUCGCAACAAAAAGAGAAUCAAACCGCAGCUCCAGAUGCGAUCAUUUGUAAAAAACCAGAUAGGAAACUAGACAAGGAUCAAGUGAAACCGAAAAAUGAACCGAAGAGCCCCAAAAGUGACAAAAAAUCACAACCAUCUACGCCAAAACAAUCACUCUCCGCCGAAAGUAAACCUACAUCUUCACAUCCCGAAAAAGUAACGCCAGCAAAAUCCAGUACAAAAGUUCACGAAGAAAAAAUCGAUCAAAAAUCUAAACCAAAUUCGACCAUGCCAGAAGUUAAACCCGAGCUUACAAAAAUUCCUAGUAAAGAUAAAAUCAAAACCGAUUUCAAAAGCAAAGUUCCUACAGCUCAGCCUAAAGAACUUGUGAAAAUACCCAGCAAAGAGAAUUUCAAAGAAGAAAUAAAACAAAUUCCUGCAAUACAAGUAAAACAAAAUCUCGAUUCUGUUUCGAAAUCGGAUGGAAAAAAAUUACCUGAUAUGAGCAUUUCUAGAAGCGAAAAUUUAAACGAAAAUAAGCCAAAAUUGAGCAAAGAUGAAAUUAGGAAUGAAAAUAAUAAUAAAAUAGAAAUAACAGCGGUGGAUAAAAAACCAUCGGAUGUACAAGUCCCUAAAUCAGCAUCAGAAAAUAAAUCAAUUUCGACGACAAAACCUCCUGUUGAAGUGAUCGUAUUUAAAAAGCAGAAUUCAAAAUCUCAAAUUGAACCUAAAUUAAAUAUUUCUGAUACCGGUAAAAAAGAAGAAAAGAAAGAAUCGAGUAUUCAAGAUUUGAAACUUGACAACGUAGAAAAUAAACCAAAUAUUAGCUACAGCAAAGUAAAAGAUGAUCAAGUAAAACCAAAAGACCCCAUUGAUUCGAAUAAAUCGAGCACAGGCAGGUCUGCAAAUAUCGAAGAUCCUAAAAUAGACUCGAUUAAUCCAAAUUUAAAAUCCAGCAUUGAAAAUGACACCAAUAAAAGUAAAGAUCAAUCAAAAUUAUCCACAAAUGUUCCAAAAGAAAAUAUCACUGAUAAAAAUUCCAAUAACAAGGAUGAAAGUAAAUUAGCUAAGGUGAACGAACAAAUCGAAACACCGAAAAAUUCGAAUCUAGAUCAAUCAAAAUUAUCUACCAAUGCUCCAAAUCCAAAAGAAAGCAGUGAUUCGAAUAAUGAAAAUAAAUCGACCAAAAUAAACGAACAAAUUAAAACACCGAAUAAUUUGAACCCUGAUCAAUCAAAAUUACCUACCAAUGCUCCAAAAGAAAAUAUUGAAAAUAAAUUGACCAAAACGAACGAACAAAUUAAAACAUCGAAUAAUUUGAGUACUGAUCAAUCAAAAUUACCUACCAAUGCUCCAAAAGAAAGCAAUGAUUCGAGUAAUGAAAAUAAAUUAACCAAAACUAACGAACAAAGUAAAACACCGAAUCAACCAAGCUCCAAAUUGGACGAUGAUAAAUCAAAAUUACCAAAACCCGAUACCAAUCAAAAGGAUAAUGUCAUUCAAGACUUGAAACCUAAUUCUAUCAAACCUCCUCCCGAGAUCAAUACUACAAGCGAAACAUUCAGUCCAAUUUCUAAAACUGCUGUAGAAACUAAACCUGCUGACUCAAUGUCUCGUACCACUGCUGAAUCAAAAAUCUCCAAUAUCCCUGUUCAAGAUGAAAAACCACCAUUACCAAAUCAAACUGUACAUCAAAGUCAAAUUUUGGCUACAAAUGAAAAAACUGAACCAUCUGAGAAAAAGAAUUCCGAAUCAUCUUCAAAUUCGAGUACAACAUCACAAAAUCAACAGGUACCUUCCAUUCCUUCUUCGACUUCGGGAUCGAAAUAGAAUAAAAAAUCUACAUACACAACAGCUCAAGUUGCACCAACGCUUUCGAUAUUAUUCAACAUCUAUAACUAAGAAAAUUAUAUAAUUAUGCGUUGAAAUUGAAUGUGAUAUUUAAGAAGCUGGCGUUUGAUGUUAAAAACUUCGUGAUUUUUGUACUUUCAUUAAGUUCUUUGCGUAAUUGUUUCUCUUUUUGAGCAUGUCUUUUUUUAAUUCAAUGUAAAACUGAUUCUUGUGUGUAAAAACUAAUAUCAUUCUCUUCAUCGAGCAAAAAAAAAAUGUUAAUCUAGGACUACACAGGCUUACUGCCCUUUUUCAAGCAAUCGAAUCAACGCUAGAACGAAAAUUUUGAUUACCAUGUUUGUAAAUUCUCAGGAAUACGAAGUACCUAUUUCUAUUUCGCUUAUGUCAAAAUUAUUACCAGUAUUUAAUUACUUUUAUGUCACUUGAAGCUAUGUAACAAAUUGUGCAUUACAUGUUGGUUGCUUUUUUCCAAUUUUUAAAUUAAUAUUAUUGUUUCUAUUGAACGUGUCUCCGUUUCUUUCUUAAUUGAACUUGGUCUUUGAAAAAUCAAUUUUUAUUAUUGCAAAGUGUUUAACCAAAAGUAAAUAAAAAUUAUGAACUAGGUAAAUAUACAAAUAAGAAAAUAAUUUAUCAUAUUCUGAGAUACCUUGAGAAAAAAAUAAUUAAAUUAAAGUUAUCCUCGUCAUUGCUAGCAACACCAAAAAGACAUGAGGUCAAAAUGAUAUGAAUUAAUUCGUUCACAUUUACAAUAUCCCUUACGUGGUGCUGACAAACAUGAUAAGUACCCACUGACAACAAUUCAUCUUGACUCGAGAUUAUUAAUUAAACUUAGAGAAAUUUUAAAUUUCAAUAUCAAUGUCACCCCGAAUAGGUGAAAAUAUCAAAUAUAUUAUUACGUUAACUAAAUAAUAAAUAUCACUAGAUUAUUCGUUCACAAUUAGACACAAGUGUCCUAAUGAAUGUUUCAAAAUGAUAUGAAAAACGAACGUUACAAAAAUGAGACGGUAAGAAGCAAAUCGCAAGUUGGUAACAAAGUAUCUGUCGCAUGUUCAUUUUAUCCAUAGGAUGAAAAAGAUAAUAACGAUGACUAAUUAUUACGAUUUCUUUUCAAAUAUUCUUCUUUUUUUCGAACGACUUCUUCCAACUGAAUAGUUUUGACUAAUGUAACGUUCUCGAAAUACGGAUCAUCGAGGAUCCCUUUGGCAGACAUUCUUUUACUCGGAUCAUAUUUCAACAUUUUCUGUGGAAAAAAUAUUCGGGUAAAUGACAAUGAAAAAUGGCACAAAAUACGAUAUCUCGAAACAUACCUCCAACACGGGGAUAGCUUCUUUAUCGACACUUGGUAAGAAAUCGCCCAAAUAUUGAGGUUCCCAACGAGGAAACAGAGGUUUGUAUUCUUUCAGGAUCGUGACUCCAGGCCAUACAUCUUCAUCGGGUGUUCCGAGUGUUCUAAAUAUACGAAAUAACUGGUCGAUUUCAGAAUCACCUUCGAACAAGGCUUUUUUCCUAAACUAAAAACAACAAUGUUGAAAAUACUUUUCACAGAUAGUCUCUGGACCAGAUGAGCAUUGAAACACAUACCAAUUCGGCAAAAAUACAUCCCAGGCUCCACAAAUCCACAGCCAUUGUGUAAACUUUACAUCCUAAUAAGAUUUCAGGUGCUCGAUACCAUAAAGUUACAACUUCGUGAGUCAAUGUUUUCAAAGGCAAACCGAAACUGCGUGCGAGUCCAAAAUCACCCAGUUUAAUAUGACCAUCUCCGUCGAUUAAUAAAUUAUGUGGUUUCAAAUCACGAUGAACAAUUCGAUUGGUGUGACAGUAGUGGAGAGCAUUCAGUAAUUGAUAAAUGAAACUCUAAAUCAAAGAGGAACAUGUAAAUGAACUAACUGUAGAAAUAUUCGUCAUAGGCUUACAUUAAAUGAAGAAAACAACCACCUUAAUCAAUUGAGGAGGUAUAGGCCCAGAGGAUAAGUCGAUGAAUUGCCUCAAAUCAAUAUCCAAAUACUCGAAAGCUAGAUACAAUCUAUUGGCAGCAUAUAUAACGUCGAUUAAAUGAAUAAUAUUCGGAUGAUCCAAUUCCUUCAGUAAAGAUAUUUCUCUCAGAGCUGUAGAUGGAAUCCCCUCAACGUAGCUGAAAACAUACCAAUAUAAAGAUACCGAUUCAAAACACCAAACACGAUGAGAUAAUACUCUACUUACGAUUCAACUCGAAUCUUCUUCAGUGCGAUGUAUCUCUGUUGUAUGAUAUCCCAGGCCUUGUAUACGAUCCCAUAAGUACCCUCGCCGAUUUUCUCUUGAGCAUCGUACUGUGCCGAGACGGCCUGAGGCAUACUCGACUGAAUUCCGCUCAUAAUGUCAUGCCAAUCUGGAAACAAGUAAGACGAAAUUACAAGCUGAUUAGUGAAGAACGUAGAAGACUUUUCAGGACGUUGUCUACGAUUCAGGAAGAGAAGCAAGGGCGUGUAAAAUCAUUAGGAAACAUAGGAAAUGAAAACUGAUAAUAACGUUGAACUUUGAAGUCUAUGUUAUAAAACAAGCGAACGGUAGGAUUUCGUUCACAAAAAUAGACAUUAUAAUAGAACAGAGAGCUGAAUUGAAACUAACCUCGUAACGUUGACCAUAUUUAGUUCCACAUCUUCACCACUUAUCACUUGCAGCUGAAUUGUAAAUAGCCCAUUAUUGCAUUUUACGAGGAAAAUUCGUCGUCCCAAAUUCGCGCCAUUUAUCAAAAAAAUAAAAUUUUCCGCAAAAUUUUUGUUGGCUUUGUAUUCAUUUGUGUUCGAAAAAGUCGAUACCUAGAUAUCGAAAACAGAAACCUACUUUCUUCGUUUCGUUAUUUCGAAUUUUUUCAACGAUUUCAGCUCAAAUGCGAUAUUUUAUACUCAAUUUGAUGAAAAUGUGCUUUUAAAAAACUAGACAACUCAUUUUAAUUACUGAAUAAUUCUAAUUAUUUGAAAAAAUAGUGAAAUUAAAUCUAAUAUUGACCAUUACAAAUUGUAUUACAAAAUGAUCACUUUUUUUUACCGAUGAAUUCGCAUACCCAAAAAGCCAACGAUGAGAACACAUUGUUCAUUUUUCUCAAGCUCGACUUCUCGCUGUCGUGGAUUCGUGCCGUCAAAUUUAGUGAAAACGUCCGGGGUUUAUCUAAUUUUAACUAUGUAAAUUUGAUGUUAUGUGUUAAAAAAGAAUAAA